AUGUCCUGUGAUGAGACCUCGUGUUCAGAUUGCAGACUGGAAAUUAUUGAGAGACGAUGGACUCAAGUAUUGUUGAAAUGGAUAAACAAAUGUGUGACGCCAAAAAACAUUGUAAAAGAGCUCAACAAGAAGACUCUAGUGGAUAUAAUAAACAAAUAUAAGCAAGAUGUUAAUAUUAAUGACACUGACCGAGCUAUGUUGUGUUGUGGUGAUUUAGAAACAUUCAUUAUGGUUAAAUACCCCAUAUUAAGACUGAGAUUUAUUUCCGAAGAGACAGAGUUAUCUAAGAAGAUGUAUAUACUCACAUCUGUACUUCUCUACCACUGCUGCGCCAACUCUCAACUUGGUCUCGUCGGAGAUGACAUCUGUCUGACGCUAGAUAAAACCCACCAGAACCUGAUAUUGAGGUUCUGUGAGAAACUCAGCGAUAUGGAGAUUACUGUUAACAAUAUUAACUUGGCUAUUCGUUAUUCAUGUUCCCAAGCAAUGGAAUCAGAGGAGAAAACUGAUCAAUCAGAUAUAACUGAUAAUGUAAUGAUUCCCGAAUUUAAUACAGUUACACCUACAGAAGAAGAUUCUGUUCCUAAUGUAGAAUUAAAUGAAAUAGAUUCAUCUAAAGAAAUACGUCCACAAAUUAAAUUCAAACCAUCAGUGACAUAUAUGCCAUCAUUUAUUACUGAUACAUCAUCAUGUAUUGAAGCUCCUGAUUCAGGUUAUGAUUUACCUUACGAGACAUCGCAAACUGAUGAUGCAGUUGAUGAUGUAGCUGUGUAUAGUAUUGAUAAUGUUAAAAGAGUUGCAGCUAUUGAUAAACGUAAUGGUGGUAAGCAGUUUGACGAUUCACAAGAGGAUUCCAGUGAAAUAAGGAGACGUUGUAGAGCCGACUGCACGUGCACUCGAUGCAGCUCCACCGGUCCUUGCUGUGGGGACCCUGGCUCCUCAAUGAAACAGUGUGAGGAACCCCUCAAAACAAACAACUUACAAAGUUGCAACUUACCGCCGAAAGAUAACUUGGGAAACGUAACACAUUUAUUUCGGCAAGUUCAUUUCAAUUGGAGAAUUUACUUGGUGCUAGUGAUCGUUAUGAUGUUGACAAUAUUGAUAAUGAUUUUAACGUCUGUACCUUUACACAAGCCUGAACAGAAUAAACAUUUAUCUGCGAAGAGAUUGAUAGAAGAUGCCAGUAUAAUUUUACCAAAUACAGCGUGGCAGUGUAAGGACAAUUUCUGUCAAAAAAUCUAUAAACCAAUUUCUGGAACUAUCUACGCAUCUUUUAGUCGAUGUAUACUGUUAUGUACAGGUCCUCAAUUGUGGCCACAUCCAAUAGGUUACACAUAUUUUAGUAAAAAGAUAGUAGCUUUAGCUACUAACAAAUUAGAGUACAAAUUCCAAUCAAUACCAUCUGAAAAUGUACACCACUAUUUAGCAGAAGCUUUCAAACUAUUUCUCGGCGAUUUGGCAAGAUUAGAAAGAAUAGAUGUGAAAAUAAAUCGAACUAAUGAUUUCACAGCAAAGAAAAUGUAUAUACAAAUAGAUGUAGAAAGUGAUCCAGAUCCAAGACUUCUACUCAAUACUGACGAGUCAUACGCUAUGAAAAUAGAAACAAUACACGAUGAAGUAAUUAUAAAAAUAGCUGGCGCUUCUUUCUGUGGUGUCAGACAUGGCUUGGAAACGUUGAGUCAAUUAAUAUUGCUUGAUCAAAGUACUGGAUAUCUAAUAACUCUAUCAAAUAUAAUAAUUAAAGAUGCUCCCACUCACAAAUAUAGAGGACUUAUGGUAGAUACAGCAAGAAAUUACAUACCAGUACCUGAUUUGAUGAGAACAAUAGAUGCUAUGGCGAUGGUUAAGUUAAAUACUUUACAUUGGAGAAUCUCAGAUGUUACAAGUUUUCCACUGAUUAUUCAAAAGUUGCCUCUACUCGUUGAGUACGGAGCGUAUGACCGGAAAUUGGUGUAUACAAAAGAAGACGUUAGAUCUGUAGUAAUUAGAGCUGGAAUUCGUGGCAUUCGAGUGUUAAUGGAAGUAGCUGCUCCAGGACCUGUUGGUAGACCUUGGUCUUGGUCAGAUGAUGUGACUUGCCCUAGAAAAAACGAAAACUUCACUUGUGAUAACAUAUUAUGCCUAAGAUUAGAAAUGAACAAAGCAGUGUUUGAUAUGCUUGAAAUUAUAUAUGCAGAAAUCAUUGAAAUGACUAAAGUUGAUGACAUUUUUCAUUUGAGUGAUGGUUUGUUUUCCUUGUCUAAUUGUUAUUACUUGAUUGGUGAUAGAGAAGGAUUUUUAGAGAAAGCUUUAGAGAGAUUGAAGUUGGCAAAUAAAGGAUUUCUACCAAAGUUACCCGUGAUAUGGUAUACAACGCAUUUGAUGAAAGAUUUCGUAGCAAAAACUUGGGAUCGUUUAGGAGUGCAACUUUCACAGUGGCAGUCGCAUCCUACUGAUAACUUUUUGAGUAGAUUUAAGGUAAUACACUCGAGUAGAUGGGAUCUUUCCUGUGAAAUGCGAAAACAGAGAUGCCACAAGUACAGAACAUGGCAAGAUAUGUACCAAUGGAAAUCUUGGAAGAAUAUCGAUGUGUUCACGAUUGAAGGCGGAGAAGCAAUAUUGUGGACUGAUCUCGUAGAUACCGGGAAUUUGGAUUACCAUUUGUGGCCGCGAGUGUCGGCCGUCGCGGAGCGACUCUGGUCUGACAUCGUCAUCAACAAUACAGCUACUGGACACGUGUACGUGAGACUUGACAGCCACAGAUGGCGUAUGCUGCUUAGAGGUGUCAAGGUGCAACCUAUUUGGCCUGUUUGGUGUAGCCUCAAUCCUUCUUCUUGUAUCGGUAAACUAAAAUGA